GCUCAGGCGCUCCCGUGACUGGGCCGGAUUGCGUCAGACGGGCACCGGCUGCGGGCUGGGAGGAGGCUGACUUUAUAAGCCUCGGCCAGGCACCCCGGAGGCACCAGGAGCCUGGACCCGAGCACAGCGCUCUGCAGAAGCAAGAGACGCCAGAGAGAAAGCAGAGAUGACGGCCGCCUCCCCUCCCGGGGCCCGUCCCUGCCGGCCGCCCGUGGGCCCGGAGGAGGAAGAUGUCCUCCUGGACGAGUAUGACCGCUACGGCCUGUGCCACCCUCACCUGGGAGCAGGAGGCUCGAAAGGGCGCACCAAGAGGGAAGCUGCAGCCCGCACCAACCGGCCCAGCCCCGGCGGGCACGAGAGGAAGCUGGUGACCAAGCUCCAGAACACAGAGAGGAAAAGGCUCGGGGCCCGGCCCUGAGCCAAAGCCAGAGACCAGGCCAGAUCUCAGACAACGGCACCCACGGACCAGACCACAGAGGAAUGAGAACCACACAGAGGACGCAGGACCCUGCCUGCUUCUCCGUCCUGUGGCCAGGACUCACCCCAGCUGCCGAGACGCCAGCCCCCACCAGAGGAGCCGCCCCCAGCCCAGGGUAAAGGCAGGAUGGGGCGCUGGAAGCAGGGGAGGAGAGGCCAGCCCUGAAGUCGCCCCGCAGAGGAGAGAGGAGGAAGCUUGGGAGCUUCCCGGCCAGAGCCACAAUAAAGGAAGCAGAGCAAACCUGUGUC